CAUCUUUCUAUAAGUACCUAGUAGACAGAAGCCCUAGUCCAGUCAGUCAUACAUAGUCUUCUUCUUUCUUCAAGACAACAAUGGCGGUUCUCAGCUCACUUCUGAUGACAUUCUGCUUUCUGCUUUUAACUUCUUCAUUUUCAUCUGCUGCUUAUUUAGAAGGACUUCUCCCAAAUGGAAACUUCGAAGAUCCGCCAUUGAAAUCCAACUUAAUCAAGACAGUAAUCAAAGGCAAAUACUCCUUACCCAAAUGGGAAAUCACCAAUCAAGUUGAGUACAUAUCAGGCGGACCCCAGCCCGGCGGAAUGUUCUUCGCCGUCCCUCACGGCGUCCACGCCGUACGUCUAGGAAACGAAGCUUCCAUUUCCCAGUUGAUUCCUGUCAAAAAUGGUUCAUUGUACGCAUUAACGUUCGGCGCGUCGAGAACAUGUGCGCAGGAAGAGGUUCUUAGAGUCUCUGUUCUUCCUCAAAUCGGCGAUCUUCCUCUUCAAACUCUUUACAGUAGCAAUGGCGGAGAUACUUACGCAUGGGGUUUCAGAGCCAGUUCGAACAUGGUCAAAGUCAUUUUUCAUAAUCCUGGUGUCCAAGAAGACUCUGCAUGUGGACCUUUGUUGGAUGCUGUCGCCAUUAAAGAACUUUUUCCUCCCAUGCCCACUAGAGAUAAUCUGGUUAAAAAUGGUGGGUUUGAAGAAGGACCUCAUCUAUUAAUGAACUCCUCCAAUGGCGUUCUUCUUCCUCCUAAACAAGAAGACCUCACAUCACCACUACCUGGAUGGAUGAUUGAGUCGUUGAAGGCGGUCAAGUUCAUAGAUGCAAAGCAUUUCAAUGUUCCAUCAGGACAGGCGGCGGUAGAACUAGUCGCCGGACGGGAGAGUGCGAUUGCCCAGACCAUCAGAACAGUCGUCGGAAAGUCAUACUUGCUCACCUUCGCUGUUGGAGAUGCUAAGAACGGCUGCCAUGGGUCUAUGUUGGUGGAAGCAUUUGCGGCGAAAGGAACAGCCAAGAUUCCGUUCAAGUCUGAGGGGAAGGGUCGGUUUGUUAAUGGCAGCCUUAAGUUCAUAGCAAUCUCCCCGAGCACAAGGCUCACUUUCUUUAGUUCGUAUUAUCACACUAGGGUAGACGACUUUGGCUCCCUGUGUGGACCUGUUCUUGAUCAAGUUAAGGUUGUCCCAAUUGCCUAAAACCACAUAUGGCUGGCUGGCUUAGUUUAGUGUUGUUGUUUCAUUAAGGUUGGUGUUUUUUAUGCAUGCUACUAAGAAGACUCUUGUAUUGUUAUUUACUACUAUUGCCUGUUGUAGUUGCAAUGGUAUUUAUGGUAUUGGAACCCUUUACUACUUACUAUU